AUUCCAUCCAGGCACCAGCCUGCAGCGGGCGAGCGAGUGGCCGGCCACGCUCGCCGGCGAGAGGGGAGCGGCCAGUUCGCGCGCAGCUGCCGGCGCGGGAGCAGCCCCGGCCUUUGAGAAACUUUCUUGGCCGAUCGGUGGCGAGCCCCAAAGCGGGCUGGGCAGGAGCUCGGAGCCUGGCUGGCGAGCCCCGGAGAGCCCGCCUGCAGCGCGUGGGGCGGGCGGAGGAAACACCCUCCCCAGGACAGGAAACAAGCGGAGAAGUUGGAUGUUUGCAACAGCUGACGAGAAGAUUCCCUGAGUCCUAGAGCGUUCAGCAAAAGGGGAAAAGGGAGAAUAUGAUGAUGUUCCUGAGAGGUGGCAGGAAAUAGUGAAGAGAACUGUGAUUGUCAACAGGAAACCCAAGAUCCUCACCACACAUGACUAUACCAGGCAGUACAUUUCAAACACUCAACAUCUGCAGGUCUUUCUGAUCUGGAGGGUGAAGGUUCAUCUACGUGAGGUUUUUCCUGGGAUCGUAUCUGUCGGAACUCAGUGGACCACAAAUCUGCUUCUGCAUUAUUGUGAACCCGCUGAGAAGCUGCAAGGUUUAUCCUAUCUGCUGAAGCUGGCAAACCCUAUACUCCGUCUUUCUGUGCUCUCUGUAGUAGACAGCUAAAUCAGCUGAAGGGAAAAGGGGGCAAGAUAAGCCUCCGGCCAACAGCUGGCAGCUGAGUACCCUUCAGAACCCAGACCAUUUUGAGGUGCCUCGGUGGCUGUUUGCAGCACUGCAGAUAUGGACACUGAGCUUCUCUGGCACCUUCUUGCAUUGGCCUGGUCAACCUCACCAUGCUAGUAUAUGGGAAUGAAAACUUCCUCUCGGAUGUAAUUUACAUCAUCCUGGAACUGGUCAUUGCAGUGCUGGCCAUCUUGGGGAACGUCCUGGUCUGCUGGGCAGUCUAUCUGAACAGCAACCUGCAAAACGUCACCAACUACUUUGUGGUGUCCCUGGCUGCAGCCGACAUUGCCGUGGGCGUGCUGGCGAUCCCCUUUGCCAUCACCAUCAGUACUGGCUUCUGUGCCUUCUUCUAUGGCUGCCUCUUCAUCGCCUGCUUCGUCCUGGUUUUGACUCAGAGUUCCAUCUUCAGUCUCCUGGCUAUUGCCAUUGACAGAAUCAUUGCUAUCCGGAUACCCCUCAGGUACAAUGGUUUGGUGACCAGCUCGCGAGCCAAAGGUAUCAUUGCCAUCUGCUGGGUCUUAUCCUUCAUCAUCGGCCUGACGCCCAUGCUGGGCUGGAACAAAUGCUCCCAGAGGGAAGCUCAGGACACCAAUAACUCCUCGCUCAGCAACUGCAGUAAAAGCAUGGUAGCUUGUCUCUUCGAGACAGUGGUCACCAUGGAGUACAUGGUCUACUACAAUUUCUUUGCCUGUGUGUUGGUGCCCCUCCUCCUCAUGUUUGGCAUCUACUUGAAAAUCUUUCUGGCAGCCAGGCGGCAGCUCAAACAGAUGGAGAACAAGAUGGUACAUGGGGAACGCUCACGCUCUACUUUGCAGAAGGAAGUCCAUGCGGCCAAGUCUUUGGCCAUCAUCGUUGGGUUGUUUGCCGUCUGUUGGCUUCCACUCCACAUUAUAAACUGCUUCACACUCUUUUGCCCGGGUUGUGCCCGUCCUCCCCUCUGGCUGAUGUACCUGGCCAUUAUCCUGUCUCAUGCCAACUCCGUAGUGAACCCAUUGAUUUAUGCCUACCGGAUCAGGGAAUUCCGACUCACCUUCCGUAAAAUUCUCCGGCAGCAUAUUGUAGGCAAGAAGCAGUUCAAGACUGGUACUGCCAGUACUAGGACUUCCACUUAUGGUGGGGAUGGAGAGAAUGCCAGCAUUAGGAUCAGUGAGUACGCUCUGAACAUAUACGCCAAUGGGGAGCUGGGUGCUAUCCACAAAGAUACUGACAUCCAGGACUUGAGUAAAUGCAAGGCAGGUUUGGAAUGGCACCACAAUGGGAAUUCACUAGACAUGGAAAUAAAUGGGCAUCUCCCACAUUCCUGCAAAAAUGGGGACCUUUCAGAUGCAUGCGGGAACAUGGAACUUCUUACUGAAGAGCUAAUUGGCAUACGUGUCUCUUACUCUGAACUGGAGAAUUCAACCUUGGCAGCAGCUGACAUUUCCUGAUGACUCUCACGUCUUCCCACUGGAAUGAAAUCUGUUGGGGGUUUUUUUUGUUUGUUUUUUUCUAUUGGCUGCCUCUGCUAUGGCAGAAAGGGAGGAUGAGGGGAAAAGAGGAGUGAGGCCAGGUCACUAUCACGUAGGGGGUCCCUACCCAGGACUGAUGGGAAGAUCCGAAGAACUAGACUGGAGAAAGAUUGAGAGGCACCGUUUUGAACAAAGGAAGAGGAGGGACACUAUAGCUAUCAAAGGCCCAACUCAGAGACACAGAGAGAAGAGAGCAAAGGUCCAAUCUGACAUCUGAAUUUUAACUCUGCUCCAGCAGGGUGUGUUAUGACAUUAUGCUGUACUGUGUAUCUGUGGUUGUUCAUCAGUUUAGUGUCUUUACCAACAGAAAUAAAGGUGUGGCUGAAACAUUUACUACUUCAUGAGGAGGAAGAGGGGGCAGGGCUUUUAACACUGUGGCCUCUAACAGAGGUAGAGGGUAUAGCAGUGCCUACUGGUCAGGAAAGAUGCCUAUGCUGCCUGGAGAGUGAAGGGAUUCACCUGGUGGGAACUUUCAGCAUCUUCAACUGUGAGAUUCUGUUGUAAAAUCAGUUUUUAAAGCUUACUAGUGCAACAGGUUUCCUGAUUUUCCACUCACCGCUAGAUCAGUUAUGAAUGAUAUUACAGUGAGCUGGAAUAUGGACAGAAGGUUUUACCUCCCCUGUGUUCCAUGGAGAUGGGCCGCUGGGAAGUUACUUGUGCGUAAGGUGCUAUUAUGUUGUCAGUUAUGAAUGUAUGCAAGAGAGGGUGGCUCUAUCCAAGCCUACAGUGUCCAGCUAUGUCCUGGCACGUUGAAGCAAACUGGUAACUAUACUUCAGACCCUUCCAUUUCACCAAAAGAACAAAGAGUAUAUAUGAUGAUUUGAUAGUUUUAUUAGCCAAUGGGACAAUGGCAGGUGUCUGUGUGCUGUGGGUAACAGCAGGGCAGGGGCAGGUCUGUGUGGGAAGGGCUGAUCAGGUAGUGAUGGCAGGUUUUGUGAAUUGCUGGCAGAUGUGUUGGUAGCAGUGAGAGAUGACCACAGGCUGGUACUAGGUCCAUGUUUGCAAUGUCUUUGUGGCUGGUGCUUUCCUCUGUCUAUCUUUGUAUCUCUGCACCUGUGUACGCAGAAUGCCCAUUCAUUCCACAGCCUUAGUUACGUUUUCUCUAGAAUUCCUCUUUUUGGUGAACUUUAAUUUCUCAUCUUUCCUGAAAGUAAAAAUAACUUUUAAAACUGAACUUGGUUUUAAAGUCUGGAAUUCAUAUGAGCCCAAGUUCAUGAAAACCUUUUUUUCUAUAUUGUUUCAAACAACUCCUGGAAUCUGGUUAACCGUGAAGCCCUGUGUUUCUGUAGCAUGUGGGUGUGCAUUACAAAUGAGUGCGCAUGCAUAUGUGUGCACCAGUAGAAGUGGGGGCAUGUGAGUGCAGUUUGAGAGAGAAAGAAGCUUGUGUUUCGGAGAACUGGAAAACAACCACCAGUGCAGCCCUCCCCGAUCUGUGUAGACACAGCAUUAGCCUUG